ACCGUAAGAAAGAAGCUUGCGGGGAAAUGAGGAGGUUGUGUGUGUUUAGGACGCCUGCGACAUUCAAUAUUUAUUUAUUGUUUAAGAGUGUAUAUUCGUCUUCUCAAAAUUAUUUGAUUUUUCCUUGUAAAUAAUAGACUAACAAUAACGAUGGACAUGGCUACAAGCAAUGAACUAGGUCUGGUGUGGAUGGGCAGCAAUGAUAUGCUACUUCAAGCGGAUUCAGAACACAUAUUUCCUCAACAGAAUGAUGGAACGUAUUAUAAUGACACAUCACAAUCAUUACAAUCAUUGGAGGACAUGCGGCCUCAGCUGGGAAUGGAAAAUUUUAUUGGUCUGGAUGAAUAUGAUCCAUAUUGUGGAGAAGAUGGAUCCAAAGUUAUGUCACCAUCCCAGACCCCUCAGCAAAGUGGAACCAAGAAGAUACGACCAGUGAAACAUCCUGGUUUAAAGCUGAAAACUCCCAUAGCAUAUCAAAGUGACACUGAUCCAAGUGUAAUACCAAUCCAGAAAGAUGGCAUGGCUGUUUGUCAGAAUUGUGGAGCCAUUGGAGUGAAGCACGCAUUUUACACCAAGGAGAGACGAUUUUGCAGCUUGGCUUGUUCUAGAGGAGAAAACCCCACCCCAAUUAAGGAUAAUAACGAAAUCAAGCAGGAAACUGCUAACAAUCAAGUUCAACAAAUAGUUCAACCAACCAUGCAACAACAAGUUCAACAUGUGCAACCAGUUCAGAUGCAACAACUGGCUAUGCAACAACAAAUGCAAAUGCAACAGCAACAGUCAAUGCAGGUGUUGAUGCCACAACAAAUGCAGGCUCAGAUUCAAGCCCAAUUACCACCUCAGUUGCAGAGCCAGUUACAGCAAAUGCAGCCUAUCCAGACUCAAAUGAUGGGCAAUGGAUUACAACCUCAGGUCCCAAUGCAAAUGCAACCAAUUGCAGCACAAAUGCAGCAGCUGCCCAUGGGAAUACCUCAAAUGGAUCAACUGCAAAUGCCCGUGCAGCCAAUGCAGAUGCAGUCCCAAGUAGACAUGUCACACAUGCAGUUGAACAUGCCAUUGUCAGCCCAGAUGCAGGUGAUGCAGGCUACUAUGGAAGUUGUGCCUCAGAUGCCUAUGCAGUGUGAAACAAUUCAAACUCACCAAGAAGAAGAUAGACAAGUCGAUCAGAAACAAUGGAUUAGUUCGGAUUCCAAAAGUGAGGACUCUUUGUCAUCCAAUGCAACAACUCGGCCAUAUUCAGCGUUUACCCCACUACCCCCUUUGCAGUUAGAUGAGCCUAUAUUUCCUCCUGAUAAAAAGAGCUGCCCUGAUUUGGCAGGUACAUUUGAAUGGGACUCUAUGUUAAAUGAUCCUGGGUUUUCUGCUGCUCCUGUUUCUUGCUUCCAGCAUGCUCCAAUGGCAGAUAGCUGGGACAACAUCACUGUUGGCAUGAAGGUGGAAGUACAAAACACAGAUUGUGACAACUUUUCUGAGGAUUUUCCAGAUUCAUUUUGGGUUGCGACUGUACUUAAAAUCCAAGGAUACAAGGCCCUGUUACGGUAUGAAGGAUUUGGACAGAACAGUAGUAAAGACUUUUGGGUUAAUUUGUGUUCCUCCAUUGUUCACCAUGUUGGCUGGUGCGCUAUUCGCGGACGUCCUUUAAUCCCUCCAAAAACUGUGGAACACAAGUAUUCUGACUGGAAAGACUUCCUUGUGAAACGUUUAACUGGAGCACGCACACUUCCCUCUACAUUUUACAACAAAGUCCACGACAGUUUGAAGUCAAGGUUCAGGUGUGACUUGAAUGUUGAAGUUGUUGAUAAAAACAGAAUAUCUCAAGUCAAAGUAGCAACCAUUGAGAAGAUAGUAGGAAAACGCUUGCAUGUAAGGUAUUAUGAGACUGAUGAUGAUGACAAUGGAUUUUGGUGUCAUGAAGAUUCAAACCUGAUUCAUCCAGUUGGAUGGGCUCAAAGGGUUGGGCAUCAAAUUGAUGCACCCCCUGAAUAUGUAGAAAGAUGUGCGAUUGGUCAGUGGGAUGAAGAUGAUGCCACAGAUAACAUGUUUCCACUUCAAGUGCGACAACAGCAACAGUUCAAUCAAAUAGCUGUACAGUUAGCCACUCAAAAACAAAGUGGCUUUGUUGAGGGAAUGAAACUGGAGGCAAUUGACCCUUUAAAUCUAUCAUCAAUUUGUGUUGCUACUGUUAUGAAGGUUUUGAAUGAAGGGUAUUUGAUGAUACGAAUUGAAACAUAUGAUGCUGAUGUAAAUUGCUCUGACUGGUUCUGCUACCAUCAAACAUCAGCUUGUAUUUUUGCUCCUGGCUUUUGUGAAGCAAACAACAUCACUUUGACACCACCUAAAGGUUAUGAAGUUGGAACCUUUAACUGGAAUGCUUAUUUGCAAGAAACUCAGUCUGUAGCUGCACCAUCCUUCUUGUUUAAGCAGUGGGAGGUCCCAAAUCAUGGUUUUGUUGAAGAUAUGCACUUGGAAGCAACAGACAUCAUGGACCCUAGACUUGUUUGUGUUGCCACAAUUUCCAGAGUAGUUGGUCGCCUUCUCAGGGUGCAUUUCGAUGGAUGGGAAGUGGAGUAUGAUCAAUGGCUUGAUUGUAGCAGUUCUGAUCUCUAUCCAGUGGGCUGGUGCCAGCUGGUUUCUCACAAACUUGAGGGCCCUAGAGUGGUAUCACCGCCUAAAGUUAAUCCAAAUACAGGCUGUUGGCUCUCUCGUGUAGGACGGACACAACGUGGAGUUCGUGGCAGACGAGGUCGUAGAGGCAUGCCAAAGAGACGACCUGGCAUGAAAAAGAGUCCAGGUGGUACUUUAUUAUCUACCCACGUUCCUGCUAUGGGUGAUGCAGCUGUGCCCAUGUUAAUGCAGGUUGACUCAUUUUCAGAUACAGGCAGUGACCAAGGUUUAUCCCACGAGGGUUUCUCUGAACUACCAACAGAAGCUGAAGGGUCACACCAUCAAUUUGAUGUUGGUGUCACAGCUAAGGUAAUCCCUCGCCUCAUUGACAACUCCAGUUCUUUGCUGGGAGAGCUCAAUCCUAAUGAAUGGGAUGUAAAUGAUGUCUCACAUUUUCUCAAAGUGAAUGAUUGUGCUGCAUACUGUGACAAUUUUGCCAGGAAAAGUAUAAAUGGAAAAGCUUUGCUCAAUCUCACCAAAGAGGAGGUAAUGGCUUUGUCUGGUAUGAAAGUUGGGCCUUCCCUUAAGAUUUCAGACCUUAUCCAGCAGCUUCGCAUCAAGGUAAACCCAGCACAGGAACGUGCCAAGGCAGGGUACAAGAAACUUCUUUAGGUUAUAUCAGAAUGAAUUUAGAUGGUCUCUUUCAUGUGUAGAAAGUAUUUGAAUUUCAGAUGUUUUCAUCAAACUGUUAAGUAUGACAAAUAUUUUCUCAUCAUUUUAGUUUUUAUUCAAUUUCUGAUCUACAUAUCACAACACCUGGUUGCAAAUUGGCUUUCUUUUGUUUUUCAACAUGAAGUAUGUUUGUUUUUCAAGGUGGCACUGAAAUCACGUCGUAUAAUAUCUGGCUCCUAUUAUAUGAGUCAUAGUGUAUGUCAUAGUGAUUACUUUUUCUGGUAUUUCAGUUAGCCAUCAUACUUAAAGUGCUUGGAUUAGCUUCUCUUUGAAUUUCUACUUUUCUGAAACUUGUGACCAGUGAUAAUAUUUUUCUUUGUAAGUUUACAAUUUUUUUUGUAAACUGGGUUGAGCUGUAUGAAUGGAUAUAUUUAUUUACAAGAUGAAGAUGAUGGAUCAAUAAUUAUCUUGAUAAGUACGACUAUGUGCACACUUUAAUGGGAAGUUUGCUGAUUUGUUAUGAGAACCAUCUUAUUGAUAAUACUAUGUUUUUUAAUGAUUAAAUGAUAAGAAUGAUUUAGAAAUGUAGUUUAGCCUUAAAACAUGAAUCGCUAGGAAAUGCUGAGGAGAUUUUAUUUUUGUACAACCACUUUGUUACACAGUUCGUAACAUUAAAUUUCCUAUUGUUGAUAAAUAGGUUUUGCACUUGAAGUCAUUAAUUUUGAAUGUGAGAUCCUGUUGAAAACAGGACUUGCAGCAAUAUGAUUGGAAACAGAAGUUUCUGGGGGAGUUACAAAGCAAGGUAUUAGGUUAGAUUUCUGGUUAUGCUUCUUGAUAAAUGUUAAAUGUUAUCUCUUCUACCGCUGUGACCUCUUACAGGAGCAUGUUAGCCUGUUUCUGAAUUCUACAUUUUCUAAUGAAGUUGAGUGUUCUCUUGAAGAAACCACUAACUUGAAUUUGUGUCAUUCAGAUUAUGCCUUAUACAUCUAAGUCCAUGAAGGAGACAAAUGUCUGCAAUUUUACACCAAACAAGCAAUAAUCCCCAGCGGGUACUGUAAUUUUUGAGAUUUAUUUAUUUGCUAAAUUUGCCAAAGUUCCCGUGUCUAUUGGUCUUGUUAGCCUAUCCAUAGCACUGUUCAAUCAACUACAGAUUAGUAUCUAGUGUGAUUUGUUGUUUUAUAAUUGUAGUAAUCUCAGGGGUUUCUGUUAUCUACAUGAUCAUGCGCUUAAUAGGUUUUGUAUCACAUAUUACCUAGACAGGUGUUUUGUGAAACUGAGAGCAAUCAUCAUAAGACUUCUUUUUUAAUUCAUCUCAAUUGCUAUUUUUAUCCAGUCAUUGCUAAUUAUAUGAAUGUUGUUUAGAAAUUAAGUGUGUCAGAUGUUGUUAAAAAUUUCAGGGAAUGAUCAGAACGUCAUUUAAAGGAAAGUAGGUUCAGUCCAAAGGUGAUGAGGAAUGUGUUGUUAAUCUGCCUUCAAUUUUACACAUGUCAACCACACUGUAAUGUAGGCAUUCCUUGGCUGUGAAAUAAGUAAUUUUGACACAUUAUUUUCUUAUUUGCUGUUACGUCAGCAAUGCGUGAUUUUGUGAAGAGUGUUGUAAUGUGUCAUCCUUGUCUACUGAAAUGAUCACUAUGAGAUACAUUCUCUCUUCUACACUGCAAGUGGUAUGUAAUUACUCAUUUGGUGAGAGGCGCCACCUUGAUUUCAUAUUUGGAGGGUGUAUUAGGUUUCCUCAUUCUAUACCGUACCGUACUUCACUUUAAAUUGUAAUAACAUUGGUAUCACGUUUUAGCUAAUAUGUUAUUAUGAAAGGACCUGAUUAUUUGAAGUAUGUAACUAAGAAACAAGCUUGAGUAAUCUUUGUUAACUUGGUAGUUCAUUUUCUCUGCGUGACGCUUUCAACAUGAAGUAGGUAAUGAAUUAAUUUUGUCUUUUAAUUCCGCUUCUCAUCUCAAAAUGAUUUGAUUACGUACAACCAAAGUUUAUUUAGUUUUGUGGUUGGUAUUUUUGAAGCUUGUGUUUAUUCUUACAGAGCUCAAAAAAUUAACUUAUUCUGUACUUUGGUCUGCCAUAGUUCCAUUCAAUAGUUCAAUGGCAACCAAUUGAUUCUUUGAAUAUGAAGAAAUGUCAAAAAUUUUCAUACAUAUUUUUUUUAGAGGAUAAUUGUCUAAUUUUUAAAAAUUUUCUUGUUCCUCAUUUUUAUUUUAAAAUUCUUUUGAUUCAGAAUCUUUCUUUUCUUGAAGCAAGAAUAUGCAUCUACCAUUAAAAUUUUAAGUUGUACAAGCACCUUGCUGCAUAAAUCCAAGAAAUGGAAACAUAAUGCCAGCUGCUUUUCAUUUAUUUGGUAUCCUUAGUUAAGAUGUUUUACUUGGUCCUCAUAUUUUUCACUUAGCAUUUGCAUUGUCAUCAUAGGGCCUAGCAUAGUUAUUCCUAACCAUUAUCACGAGGCCAUUUUCUCUUCACUCAGUGAUUUUACUGUAGACUGAUGUAUUACCCAAAUUGACCCACAUUCAUUCAUUUGUAAAUAUUGCAGGUUUACCCUGUUGCCGUAUGCUCUCGAAAGAGUAGUAUGUGCACCAAGGGAGACAAUGAUUGUUAAGGAAGGUAGGGGCAUGGUAGGGAUGCUGGACAGCCCAGACCUUCCCCCUUUGCGGAUUUGCCAAAAUUGCCUUUUUAUUUUUCAUGUAAAUAGUCUCAAAGCUUAUAAAUUCAUCCACUCAGAGGACACCUCUGGAUUCGCCUACCAUUAAGACUGCAUUUAGGAACCAAGGAACUAUUUAUACACCCCUAUUGAAAUGUAUAAUAAAAUGAUGUUGGUGGGGUCAGAUAUUUUUAUUCUGAUCUCACCUUUUUCAAAAUACAUGUGGCAGUUUUCAAUCAGCUA